AUGCCACACAUUGAAUUCGUGAAGGGAAUUCCCACGGCUUUGGAGCAGGAUUCCUAUUUUGAUGUGAACAAACGGAAUUUGAUCGUGUUUGAUGAUCAAGUGAUUGACGCCAGUAAAGACAAGCGAAUUGUGAACCUCUUUACUCGUGGUUCUCAUCAUCGCAAUCUAAGCGUGAUUUAUAUCGUGCAGAAUCUAUUUCACCAAGGGAAAGGUAGUCGCAGCAUAAGCCUAAACAGCCAUUAUUUGGUGUUAUUCAAGAACCCACGAGACAAAUUGCAAAUCUUGACUCUUGCCGAGCAAAUGAAUCCCGGGCAAACUGAUUUCUUUUUAAAUCAAUACGAGGAGGCUGUAAAAAGACCUUUUGGUUAUCUGCUGAUUGAUCUGAAAAAACUACUACCCAAGAUAAUUGUCGACUGCGAACAAACGUCCUGCCCAGUGAAGAAGCUUUUAACCAAGCAGGGUUUCAAGAAAAUAUUCCUCAAGAGCUUUUAAAAUAUCUAAAGCAGCAAAAUCUUUCGCCUGUACCACUUCUUCCAGCUAUGCAAGAAAUACAGGGCAACAUGGAUGACUUGCUUUCUCGAAACGAUCUUCGGGACGAUGAAAAAGCUAAGAGAUACUUUCAGUUGCAAAACAGAUACCUGGCUUUUGAAGAACAAUUAAAUACAAGAACACGACCGGAAGAAAGCACUGUUCCAGACUUAACAUUAAGCACACAAGAUUCUUCGACAGCAACGGCAACAUUCUCCACUCCCAUUAACCCCUUCAACGUAACACCUCAAUUAACACAAGCGGCUAUCUUACAAAAACCUGAAAACGAAAGCGCCAUCCCAUCACUACCCUUAAAUCCUGCUUUCCUGACCCCUCCUCCCACAGUAGAAACCCCAUCACAAGGCCCGAAGCUCAAAAGGCGUCGGAUUCAAUUUGUAAAUUAUAAGGAUGAUCAUAAAGCUCAUGGCAAACAGAGGAAACGAACUCGGCAUAAGAAAUUUCGAGUUAGACCUUACAAGUACUCCAUGGGCGAAGAAGAUGAUUAA